CCAAAGCAGAGCAUUAGCGAUCUUCUUCCUCCUCUGGUCUCAUAUCUUAAUCUGAUUUGCGGGGAAGGAACUGAGAUGAAUCGAAAUAGAAAAACCCUAAGUUUCAAAAUCAAUUCUUGACAUUUUGAGAAAAGUUUCGUUAUUUUUUCAAUUACAGUGAUUUGGGGAAGGAACUGAGAUGAAUCGAAAUAGAAAAACCCUAAAUUUCAAAAUCAAUUCUUGACAUUUGAGAAAAAAGUUUCGUUCUUUUUUUGCAAUUGCAGUGAUUUAGGGAAGGAACUGAGAUGGGUUUCAUAAUGGAGUUUGCGGAGAAUCUGGUGCUGAGGUUAAUGGAAGAUCCGGAGGUGAGAGACAGGAAAGCGAGGGAGCACAUAUAUGAGAUGCACGAGAGGUGCAAGAAGAUUAAGGAGAUGUGGGCUUUGCCUAUUCGUCCUUAUGGUUUCUGGACUUUUGAGCGUCACAAUGCUCAGCUUCGUUGGGAUCCUCAGAUUAGUCAGGUUGCUGGUCGUAGGGAUCCUUAUGAUGAUCUUCUCAAGGACCAUCCUUCUUCUAACUGAUUAUAAACAGUGAACGAAGAUGUGUUAUGAUGCUGUCUGGAAGGAUGCAUAUGUCUGUCUCCCUUUGUUUCCUUUUGUUCCUCAGGUGCCGGGAAGCUUGGUACAAACUCGAAUAAUAACUCUUAAAUCCUUAUUUACAUAUGAAAGAGUAAUACUCACUGUUUCUUAGUAAAAUUGUUUUGAUUCUGCAUUUGCAUCUUUGAUAUGGAAAUAAUUUCUUUGAAUGUGAUAAAUUUUUCAAUGUUACUUUAAGUUUGUUGCUCAAUAUUACCCUUCUUUGUUACAUAGAUAGAAAAUACACUCAUCACCAACAAGAAAUGAAACACUACAAAACCAAGUUCUGUGAUCAAAGAAAGAGCCUAAUAAAAUCAUUUACACAAAUAACCAAACCCAACAAACCAAACUCACACAUCUUUCAAUCAGUGUCUGAAUCAGACGACGAUUUAUUCCCAUCAUUAGUAGUGCCAUCAUCUCCUUUCUUUUGAGCUGCAUCUUGUUCCUUUUCAUAAGCCUUGACAAUGUCAUCAACAGGAACUAACGGAAGAUAACCUACCACAGGGUAACCCAUAUUGGUCAUAUCAGUCACCAAAUCGUUGUACUUACAAGACAAGUUUGCAGCCAGUGGCAACGCUUUGUUUCCCACUACAUGAAUCGGUUUGUACUUGUUGAGUUUCGACCAUACUUUAACCGAGUUAGUCACAACAAAGUACUUAUACUCAGUUGCAGCAUAGUUAAAGGCAGCUUUAGGACCACCGGUACGAGCCUCUUUCACAAAGCUUUGAGCCUUCUCUGUAGUUGCCUGGAUCAAUACAUUAGCUUGACUUACCACUUGCUUAGCUAGUGGAGGAGCAUGCUUAUCAAACUUGUUGGAAACUUCACCGACCUAGAAAGAAAACAAAGUAAGUACUUAGCCACAAAACUAGGUCAUCAGAUCUACCAAGAAGAGACUGGGGUUAUUACUUUGUGAUCAAGAAAGAUGAGGAGGGUAUCUGGAACAUCUUUGAAUUUGUUGAAGACAGGUGUGACGACUGUAGUGACGGCACCUUCCACCUUUCCCACGGCCGGUUUAAGAGGACCGGAGUUUUGUUUAGCGUAAUCGUAGAGACUUGAGAGGCUAACAAGAACCUGGAUAGCAGCAACUUUCACAAACCCUAGGUGCUUAAGCCCUAGCUCCUUGCUAUUCUUCUCUGUUUCCAUCUACAAACCAAAGAAACUACUCUUUACUCUUUUUCUUGUUUGCUGUGUGAUGAGUUCUUUAGAUUUGGUUUACAAGUCUCUU